AAAGCUGUCAAAAUGGGUGAAAGUUGAAGGAAUUUCAGAUGAUUUUUCUCCAACGUCAACAAUAAAAUAGUGUUUUAUUUAAUUUCGUGGGAAAAUUACAUGAAAAAUAUAUUUAGUUGAAGUGAACAAAAUGACGAGUACGUCAUCCUACAAUAAUGACAAAGUGGUCACAGGAGAAGUGGAAUAUCCAGCAACUGAUCCGGCUUCUGGGGCAUUUUUCCAACCAGAUUACAAAAAGAAUGGUGACUUGAAAAUAAUGCUGGAUGGGUCAAAAGACUCCCUAAAACUUGAGGCUAUGAAACGGAUCAUUGGCAUGAUCGCUAAAGGAAGGGAUGCUUCUGAUUUAUUCCCAGCAGUAGUGAAGAAUGUGGUGUCAAAGAACAUCGAAGUGAAAAAGCUGGUGUAUGUGUACCUCGUCCGGUACGCAGAGGAGCAGCAGGACCUGGCACUCCUUUCCAUCAGUACUUUCCAGAGGGCUCUGAAGGAUCCAAACCAGCUGAUUCGCGCGAGCGCUCUCCGCGUGCUGUCGUCCAUUCGCGUGACGAUGAUCGUGCCCAUCGUCAUGCUGGCCAUCCGAGACUCGGCCAGUGAUAUGAGCCCUUACGUCAGGAAAACGGCUGCUCACGCCAUCCCUAAGUUAUACAGCAUCGACCCCGACCAAAAGGAGGAGUUGGUGGCUAUAAUAGACAAGCUGUUGUCGGACAAGGCGCCGCUGGUGGUGGGCUCCGCUGCCAUGGCUUUCUCCGAGGUCUGUCCUGACAGGAUGAGCCUCAUCCACAGGAGUUACCGGAAACUGUGCUCACUGCUAGCCGAUGUGGAUGAAUGGGGUCAACUGGCGCUUCUUAACGUCCUGACCGUUUAUGCCAAGACAUGCUUCCCUGAUCCCAAUAGCGAGAACUACUCAAGCGACAGCGACUCGGACAAGCCGUUCUACGAUUCCGACAGCGACGAACCUACGUCUCCUAAGAGACACUCGGCGCAGUCCCCAAGUCUAGAUCCGGACCACCGUCUAUUACUGCGGGCAGCCAAGCCUUUACUGCAAAGCAGGAAUUCCGGCGUCGUCAUGGCUGUAGCCCAGCUGUUCUACCACUGCGGCCCGGUGCAAGAGUUACCUCCAGUGGCAAAGGCUAUGGUGCGGCUCUUACGAGCACCUACCGAGGUGCAGAGCGUGGUCCUCAACUCCAUCGCCUCGCUCACAGUUACUAAACCGGGUCUCUUCGAGCCGUUCCUGAAAUCGUUCUUCGUGCGCAACUCCGACCCGACGCACAUCAAGCUACUCAAGCUGGAGAUCCUCACCAACCUCGCCACCGAGUCCAGCGCUCCUGUCGUGUUACGGGAGUUUCAGACCUACGUCACUUCUAGUGAUAAGGCAUUUGCUGGAGCUACCAUUCAGGCGAUAGGCCGGCUGGCGGUCGCCAUACACUCGGAAACUGAGACCUGCCUCAAUGGACUUUUGCAUCUGCUGUCUAGCAAAGAUGAGUGGGUGGUGUGUGAAGCGGUGGUGGUGGUGAAACGCGUGGUGGGCGGAGGAGCCGCGUCCGCCCGCGCUGCCGUCGCGCGCGCCGCCAAGCUGCUACGGCAGGACCGGCUGGCUCCGGCCGCGCGCGCGGCGGCCGUGUGGCUGGUGGCGGAGCACGGCGCCAAGCACCCGCGCGCCGCCGCCAUCUUGGCACACAUGGCCGCCAACUUCGCCGACCAGGACGAGCUAGUAAAACUCCAGCUGCUCUCACUAGCUGUCAAACUCUCAAUCACGCAACCAGACACGCUUCCAGUCUGCCGGUACAUCGUCUCGCUAGCUCGCUACGACGCGAGCUAUGACGUCAGAGACCGAGCUAGAAUGCUGCGGAGGUUUAUUGAACCGCAGAAUGGAAAGCUGUUGGCUGCCUUCGCGGCUGAAAUAUUCCGUCCGGAUAAGCCGAAACCGACUGUGGAGAGUAGUUUUAAAGACCGUACGCAGUUCGCGGUAGGCACACUGUCGCAGUACAUCGGGUCGGCGGCCAGCGGGUACCGCGCGCUGCCCGCCGCGCCGCCCGCCGCGCUCGCCGCCGCCGCCCGCCAGCGGGACGAGCACGCCGACCGCGCGCCGCCGCCGGACCGCGCCGAGCCGCCGAAGAACAUGAGCUUCUAUUCGGAGCCAGAAAGCAGUUCUGGCUCGUCGUCAUCGUCGUCGUCCGGCUCCGACAGCUCCGAGGACUCGUCAGACGACGAGGAAGAAAGUAACAACGAGGAAAAGAAACAAGUGACACCAAAACAAUCCAACAAUUAUAGGUCGUCGAACUCGGGCACGUCGGACAGCGAGUCGGACAGUGAGUCGUCCGGCUCGGACAGCUCGGACGCCAGCUCCGGCGAGAGCAGUCCCGAGGAGACGCCCAAACAGAACGCGCAGAAAACUGAUAAAAAGCAAAAAGCGAAACAAAAAGCAGAAACACCACCCAGCGCAGAGCAGAAGAAUGAGAAAUCCAACUUGGAACUGCUACUAGAGCUUGACGAAGUGGCCAGCAGCCUGCCCACCAUGACGCCCACGUGUGGCGGCUUCCUGUCGCCCACUACGGCGGCCCCGGGCUUGCCGGAGGGCGACGCCAUAAUCCCCGUGGGCCCCUUCCUAGUCCCAGAAGAGAGCGUGGAGCUGGUCCCACGCGUGGUGUGGCGCGGCGUGGGCGCCCAAAGGCGGUGGUCGCGCGCGCCGCAUCUCUACUCAAGGUCGAUGUGCGCUGUGGAGAUUACCUUCACCAACUCUAGCAACCAGGAGGUCACGAAUAUCAGGGUUAAUAAGAAGACGCUGACGGGCUCGCGCGCCAUCCACGACUUCGCGCCGAUCCCGCUGCUGUCGUGCGGCGCGCAGGCAACCACCACCAUGGGGGUAGACUUCGCAGACUCCAUCCAGCCUGUUGAGUUCACCAUCGUCAGCUCCGUCGGCGAGGUGUGUGCGUCGAUCACGCCGCCGGUGGGCGAGCUGAUGCGAGCCGUCGUCAUGUCGGAGGCGCGCUGGGACACGGAACACAGGAAGCUACGCGGAAUGACCGAGUGUGAUAAGAAAGCAGCAAAAUUAGAAGAUGAAGAGUCAAUUUGCAAAAAAGUUUUUGAGACAGCGAAUUUGGCAGGAAUUACUACGUGCGGCGAGUUUUUGAGAUUCGCCGGCCGCAUGAUGAGCUCCCAAGAGUUAGUUCUUCUCUCGGUCCGCACGGAGCGCUCGUGCUGCCGCGUGGCGGCCAGCUGCGGCAACAUGGCCGUCGCCGCGCUGCUGGCCGCCGACGUCGCGCAGGCCAUGGACCGGCCCUAAAAUACAAUGGAGCUGGUACGCCGAUGUGGACCUACAGAGCUAUGCAUUACGAGCGUUAGGCAGUUUAAAAAUUGUUUUUUUUUUUGUAUAGCGUUAUAUGUAAAGGCAUA